AUGCGACACACUUACUCUUUUAAGCUAAUUCCAGACAAUCCUCCUGUCCCCUUCGGUCCUGGCGACAAAGUUAUAGGAAAUGUGGAGCUUGAGGUGUUCAAGCAGAUGACAGUAAAGGAAAUCGUUGUUCUGUUGAGCGGCAACACUGAAUCUUGCAACUACAAAAUCGAGACUCGCUACAACCCUGUCACCAAAAGAACAGAAACUCGAGCGAUUUCAGAGAAAAUCAGAUACCACUUGUUUGAUCACACGGUGAAGGUAUUUCCGCCACCCAAUGUCCAGAAAAUGGGUUGCGCUGAUGAUUACACCUUGUUGGAGGGAACUUACAAGUACCCAUUCGAAGUCGUGUUUCCAUCUGGGCUGGUGGAAGCGAGGAUGCUGUCCCUGUUUGGUACCUCAAAUUACGCAAGGUCAUUAGGGUCUCUUCUGCCUUUUAGGGUUGGAGGUGCGGGCCAGGCGCUCACAAAGCUGCCGCCUUCGUUUAAUGCACACUUUGAAGACAGAGAUUAUGCGUGGGUACAUUACACACUCGAUGGUAAGGUAGGCCGAAAGGGUUUCUUCAAACCGGACAUUGUUGAGAGCACUCGCCUUAGCUAUUCUCCUCUGCUUGAAGAAGUUGUAUGUUCAUUCGGUUCAUUGAUGCAAAAUGGCCUGUUCAUCGACAACGUAAGUAGGGGUAAUACUCGACUUAAGUUCAAAAUAGAAAAAGACAAAAGGCAGGAGGGAAGAGGAUUCUUCCGGAAAAUGUUUUCUUCGAGAUCAGUGAAGGUGCCAUUUGAGGCUGUUGUCGAAUUCAAGCAAGGCAACGCAGUCCAAUAUCCUCAGGGUCAAACAAGCAGGGUUUUGCAUCAAGGAGACAUACUAAAGGAUGUUAUUGGCGUCAAGAUACUUACAAUAUUUUCAGCAGAAGCUUUAAAACAGAUUCUUUUUUUUGAACAGGGUGAAAAGAAGAGUAAUUCUAAAAGAAUGCACAGGCUCGUAUUCAAAGAAAUGACGUUGUCAAUUAUUCAAAAUAUUACCUAUCAAGGCAUUCAUACACAAACAAAACUGAAACAGGUCUUGAUUGGCCAAAGGAGCUUGAAUAGCGAGUUCGAAUUUGCUGACUUCGAGGUAGUUGAAGGGCAAUGGAGUCAAACAUUAAUAAACAAAGUGAAGCAAGAGCAUCUUCAUUUGACAGAGUCCAACAAAGCCUACAUGCUCGAGUUGCCACAAGAAUUACUUUCAAUCGAACUCACUACUGAAGCCCAGUCGUUUGAUGCUCCGAAUAUCCAGUGUGAUCUGGUUCUCAAGAUUGACUUCGUUAUUUCUACGUCAGAAGAAAGUCCAAACCUGACCACCUUAUCAUGCCAAUGUCCAAUUCUCCUACUUCCAUCGCGAAACAGAAGGACGCAUGAUGUUUUAAAUCCUCCUCGUAUGCCUCCUACGACAGUGGUUGAACAUACAGAGGAGCAACUACCAUCAUACAAUGAAGUCGUCUGA